UGUCAGCAACUCUAGCCUCUAUUCUGUGUUGUGUAUCUCCAUUCUCCAGACUCCAAUUCUCCAUUCAUCCUCUCUUGCUCCGUUAAUCUAGAAGAAGAAAGCGCUUGCAUUUCUGUAGGAUUAGUCGUAAAAACUGAGCAAUGCAAGUAGUAGUAAUGACGCAUGGUGGCCCAGCAGGAAACGGUCCUCGUCUGUAUGGUGUUGGAACUCGAAUUGGACUUCCCUCGAACAGGCAUUCCUCACUAUUUAGCCGCCGGCAAAUCUGCUUCGACGGCGUUUCCACAGUCUGCUCGGAGACUCCUUCCCCUUGCGACACCGUUUCCUCUACUCCCCCCAGGGAUAGUGGAGACAAGUGUAAAUCCUUGAUUAAAAUGCUUCAGAGGAGUCUCCCCUUGCCCAAUCGUAGGAUGCUGUUAGCGAGUUUCUUUAUGUACUCAAUUUAUCACCCUUCAAGGUAUUUGUCAGCUUAUGCUUUGGGGGAUCCAUCUGUGACUGUUGAACAAGUCACACCUCCUACAUUUCCUUCUGGACCUCUUUCCCCUUCUGAGGAAAGAAUUGUCCAACUCUUUGAGAACAAUACUUACUCUGUUGUCAACAUAUUUGAUGUAACACUGCGGCCAAGGCUUAAUGUUGGCGGUGCAGUCGAGAUUCCAGAAGGAAAUGGUUCUGGAGUUGUGUGGGAUGGUGAGGGGAACAUUGUCACAAAUUAUCAUGUGAUUGGUAACUCUCUCUCCAGAAAUCCAACCCGUGGGGAAGUAGUUGCACGGGUUAAUAUACUUGCUCCAGAUGGGUUGCAAAAGAAUUUUGAGGGUAAAUUAGUUGGCGCAGAUCGUUCUAAAGAUCUUGCUGUCUUGAAGGUGGAAGCCUCUGAAGACCUGUUGAGGCCAACAAAGAUUGGGGAAUCAUCUUCUUUAAGAGUUGGUCAAAAAUGUUUAGCCAUUGGGAAUCCCUUUGGAUUUGAUCAUACACUCACUGUUGGGGUUAUCAGUGGUCUAAAUCGUGAUAUAUACAGUCAAACAGGAGUCACAAUCAGUGGAGGAAUUCAAACUGAUGCUGCCAUCAAUCCUGGAAACAGUGGAGGCCCUCUAUUGGAUUCAAAGGGAAACUUAAUUGGAAUUAACACUGCAAUAUUCACUCAGACAGGAACAUCAGCAGGGGUUGGGUUUGCCAUCCCAUCUUCAACUGUAUUAAGAAUUGUGCCUCAGCUGAUCCAAUCUGGAAAAGUUGUUCGAGCUGGUUUAAAUAUUGAUAUUGCUCCUGAUGCAAUUGCCAAUCAACUCAAUGUUCGCAAUGGAGCUCUCGUUUUGCUGGUUCCUGGAAACAGUCUUGCAGCCAAGGCUGGGAUUCUCCCCACCACAAGGGGCUUUGCUGGCAAUAUUGUACUUGGGGAUAUCAUUGAAGCAGUGGACAACAAGCCAGUCAGGAAUAAAGCUGAUUUGUAUAAAGUGUUGGAUGACUACAGUGUAGGGGACAAAGUCCAGUUAAAGAUCCGAAGAGGAAAUGAAAACGUGGAGCUCUCUGUAGUUUUAGAGGAAAAAGAGUGACGAAGCUAGGUGCCUCCUUGGAAUUGAUUUCACAUAUCCCGCUUAAUCAGAGUACAUCUAUCCUUCCCUUUCUGUACAUUUGAUCCAUUUUUAUUAAAUUUGGGCCAUUAGAGUAUAUAGGCUUGUGUCAUUGAAGAAGUGAACUGGAAAUAUUAUACUGUUUUGCCUCACUAGAAUUCCAAUUGGUUUAUAUCAA